AUGGUAUCAGAAGAAGUUCCAUCUAAGCGACGGAUAUAUCUUAAUGGCUUUGAUAUGUUCACCGUGGGCCAUCUAUCCUUCGGUCAAUGGAAGAAUCCCUCCGAUCGAUCAGCUACAAAGCGUCGCGAUCUCUCAUACUGGACAAACUUAGCUCAAAUACUGGAAAAGGGCGAUUUCAAUGCAUUGUUUCUUGCGGAUACAUUUGGUCUCUAUGACACAUAUAAGGGGAGUGCUGAGCCUGCUAUUCGUAAUGCAGCUCAAUAUCCUAUGGGUGACCCAGCAAUACCGAUAUCCGCCAUGGCGUCAGUUACCAAGAAUCUCGGGUUCGCUAUCACAACAUCCACGUCUUACGAAUCUCCCUAUGUCGUCGCGAAGAGGUUUUCGACAUUAGAUCAUCUCACAGGUGGCCGUUUUGGAUGGAACAUUGUCACUUCUUGGAAAGCAUCUGCGUCAAAAGCUGUUGGAUUGCCUCUGAUAGAUCAUGACAAACGGUACGAGAUCGCUGAUGAAUACUUAACAGUACUCUACAAACUUUGGGAAGGUAGCUGGGCCGAUGAUGCAUUGCAAGAAGAUCCCAAAACAGGCAUCUACUCAGACCCCAAUAAGAUCAAAUACGUUCACCAUCAUGGUGAGCAUUUCCAUGUUGAUGGUCCUCAUAUUCUGGACCCAUCGCCACAACGUACGCCCUUCUUGUUUCAAGCUGGUACAUCACCAGCUGGCACAGCCUUCGGGGCGAAACAUGCGGAGGGUGUAUUUGUGUCCGCCCCAUCACCUCAUAUCCUGGCGCCGCGGAUUAAGGCCCUACGCGAAGAGGCAGCCAAGCUCGGUCGUGAUCCUAAAUCAAUCAAAGUAUUUGCUAUUCUCACCCCUAUCAUCGGGCGAACCGAGGAAGAGGCACAGGCUAAAUACCGUGAGGCACUGGCGAACGCAAGUGAAGAAGCCGGGCUAGCCUUCUUUUCUGGUGGAAGUGGUAUCGAUCUCAGUCGCUUUGACCUUGACACACCUAUCAAGCCAUCUGAUGUCCACGUCGAUGCUCGUGUACACUCGACAAUUAACACGCUUUCGUAUCAAAGUCCGGAUGUUCCAGAGUGGACGCCAAGGAAUAUUGGAAAGCACAUCUCUAUUGGCGGUGCUGGUCCAGUUCCUGUGGGAACAGCAAGCUUUGUGGCCGACUUCUUGGAGGAAUGGGUCCGUGUCGCGGACUUGGAUGGGUUCAACAUCGGGUAUGUGCAGACUCCGGGGACAUUCGAGGAUGUAGUGGAGCUUUUGGUUCCUGAGUUACGGAAAAGGGGCGUAUACGCACCUGAGAAAGAAAGUGGAACCAUGCGUGAAAGAGUUUAUGGACCGGGGCAGAAGCAUCUGAGAGAUGAUCAUACGGGGAAGGCGUACAGACACGAGGUCUAUGAUGGAAAUUGA